AUGGCGCCCGUUAAGAGCCCGAGUGGCAAAAAUCGUGUGUCUCAUUGGUCUCUCGUCGGGAAAUUGUGCGGGCCCGUUUCGCAUGCUUAUUUCCCCCCAGAUUUUGCCCUCUGUAGGAAUAACGAGACCGUAACUUCUCUCCCACCACUACUGACUACACGUUAUUACAGUUCCACACAACUGACUUUAUACACAACACGUAGCGACAGCAUUUUGCAAUAUAGAGCAGACUCCCGUUUUAGCCACUUUUCCGGCUGAUCCUGCUGAUCGGCGUGCAUGGCGUGAUCUAACAACGAACGCCGUUGACCAGGUGCAAGCGUAAGCCCUCGUGCAUGCAGAGAAGAAGCGACAAUUGCGGAUGCGAUGGUUGCCGAUGAGUUGUACUCCAACGACAUCGAUCGCACGGUGCUGUAGCACAUGCGGUCGCGGAUGUCUCA